ACCAUAGAACAAGAAAACAAAUGCCCUUAUUCAUUGGGUGUUAUCCAAUGUUCUACUUCUCCUCAACCCCUCCAACUUUUUUUUUCCUUUUAAACAUCCUUGCCCAAAACUAUACCUCUCGCCACAGAAUUCAUUAGGCAAUUCUUGAAAUACCAAAAUUGUUGGAGUUUGGCAUAAAGAUGUAGCACAGAUAGACUUGUAAGUUACAGACGAUCCCUUUAUCUUUACCCGGCUGAGUAAUCAAAACUCACCAAUACGAGAAGAAGUUGGUUUUUUUGUUUGCCUACGCUGGAAACCCAUGCACACUCCAACCAUACGCAGAUGAUACUUUUGCUUAUAAAUACUACUAUUUCAUGACCAGAUGAACCAAUCCACUAGGCAAACAAAAAAAAAGAUAUGGCUCUCAAACAAGGCUUCGAGGUGAAGGUAACCUUGACAGAGGUAGUUGCUGCAGUGCUUCCGAUGCAAGAACAUUGGUUGCCGCUGUCCAACCUCGACUUGCUUUUGCCUCCUGUCGAUGUCGGUGUCUUCUUCUGCUACAAGAACCCCUCUUCAGCUGCCACCACAUUCGGGUCCAUGACCAGCGCUCUUAAGAAAGCACUAGCCCAAACAUUGGUUUCCUAUUACGCUUUUGCGGGGGAAAUGGUGCAAAAUCCUUCAGGGGAGCCUGAGCUUCUAUGCAAUAAUCGUGGGGUGGACUUUGUUGAAGCAUUUGCUGAUAUUGAGCUUCGAGAGCUCGACUUGUACAAUCCUGAUGAGAGCGUCGAAGGUAAACUUGUGCCCCAAAAGGAGCAAGGCGUGCUCUCUGUUCAGGCAACUCAACUCAAGUGCGGAGGACUGGUGAUAGGAUGCACGUUUGACCAUCGGGUUGCCGAUGCCUACUCGGCCAACAUGUUUUUGGUGUCAUGGGCGGAAAUGGCUCAGUCCAAGCCGGUAACUACGCUUCCUUCACACCGGCGGUCACUGCUCUCUUCUCGCCGGCCAGGGCACUUCGACAUUUCAAUUAACGACAUGUACAUGAAAAUAUCACAAAUGCCACCUCCAGACAAAGAAUUAAAUGACCACAUUAAUAAUAAUCAGGCACCAAUAAGUCGCAUCUAUUAUGUCAAGGCCGAACAGGUCCACCAACUGCAAUCGCUAGCCAAUGACGAUAAACGGGGUAGUAAAAAAUUUGUAAGGACUAAGCUUGAGGCCUUCACUGCCUUCCUCUGGAAAUUAAUUGCCAAAGGGACAGAUGCAGGGGACAAAUAUUGCAGGCUAGGAAUCGUGGUCGACGGAAGGACUAGAUUGAAUGAUGGAGACGAAUCGAUGAUGAAUAAAUAUUUUGGAAAUGUUUUAUCUAUCCCAUUUGGCGAAAAGAGAAACAAGGAGCUGAAAGAGAUGAAUUUAAGUAUGAUAGCCGAUGAAGUCCACAAUUUUCUUGACGGGGCAGUGACAAGAGAACAUUUUCUGGGGCUGAUUGAUUACGUGGAGGCUCAUCGUCCUGAACCGGCAUUUUCCAGAAUUUAUGGUUCUAAAGUAACCAGAGAAGAACCGGCAUUUGUGGUGUCAUCAGGGCAGCAGUUUCCUAUAAGAAAGAUAGACUUCGGGUGGGGUGUGCCAGUAUUUGGUUCGUACCACUUUCCAUGGGGAGCACAAUCGGGCUUUGUAAUGCCAAUGCCCUGUGCAUCUGGAAAUGGAGAUUGGAUUGUUUACAUGCACCUUCGUCAAGAGCAGAUAGAAGUGAUAGAGCUUAAUGCACCACAUGUUUUUAGACCUUUCAGCCAUGAUUAUCUCUGAUCAGCUCCAUCUGAUUUUCCGCUGGAUUAAUUGGUUCGCUACAAUUGAUCAGACACAAGUUAUGUAUUAA